UGUGUGUGUGCUUGGACCAACUGCAGUCUGACUGCAGGAAGCAGUAAAAUAAAAGAGAAACUUCACUUGGUUCAUGUUGCUUUAUUAUGAAACAAGCCAGAUGUUUGAGCCAGAUGUGUUAACGUCCCAAUCAGAUUGUAAUUCAGACUUUCUGCAGUCACAGGCCUGUGAGCACAAACAGGUAAACCUACCUGUUGCUCAGACACACACACCUCUGCAAUGUGCUCCUGCUCACGUGCUGGCUGUGCUGUUCUGAACUACAUUAAUAAUGUUUUUAAUUUUUACUUCAGCACUUCACAUGCAUGACCACGAACACCACUGAAUCUCAUGUAGGUGUACCUAACAAAGUGGCCACUGAGGCCACGCUCUGUAAUCAUUUGACAUGGCUGCGUUCCUUCCCACCACCAGGGGGCAGCAGGGAGAUAUCUUUUUUGUCCUCUGUCACGUGACCGGUCCAGUCGCUUCAGGGUUAGCCCGUUCGGCUAGCAGCCAGCUCACACUUAGCAUUUCAGUCGGACGCUACCUGCACCAACCCGACAGAGGUUCUCCUCCAGCGGGGCAUUUCCACUGGUACCAGCGCGCCUCCACCUUCUCCUCCGCCCGGUUGUCCCCGGCUCUCCGUCCUCCUGCUCCUGCUCUGUCGUUGAAGCUGAAACAUGUCGGCGGUGCAGCGGAUGAAAGUGGCGAACGAGCGGCACAGCAAGACCAUCACACAGCGGGGACACGUCCAGAAAACCUCGCGGCCGGUAAACGAGGAGAAAUCUCCAGUGGGUCCGUGGCUGCUCGCUCUGUUUGUCUUCGUGGUUUGUGGAUCAGCCAUCUUCCAGAUCAUCCAGAGCAUCAGGCAGGGCAUCUGAUGACCUUUGACCCCGGAGCCGAACCCGACACCUGGCACCAUGACCCCACACACACAUGGACACACACGCACACACACACUCACACACACUCUCAUGUUCCUGUGGAGUUUAAAUCUGAGCUGUUUCCUCCUCCCACUGUAACCCCCACCCUUGUUUUUUUAUUACCUCCUUGUUGAUGAAGCUGAUCAGAUGUUAUUGAUUGGUUAUUGGUUAUCGAUUGCCUGUGAGAUGAAGUCUUAACUCUUCCUCCUGUCACUCUGACGCGGUCGUCCAGCUGCUUUUUAUUCUGUGCUCAGAAGACGUUCGACUGAAGCUGAUGGGUUGUUUGGUUUGUUUGUUUGUUUUGCUUUGAUUUAAAGGAACAGACCGCAGAUUUUGCUCUCACGACCUCCACUGAUUUCCUUCCUGUUUGUGGUCGUUUGGCUUAAGUUAUUUACAUGUGAGCAUCACACUCGAUUCUGUGCGUUCAAACGAACAAACGCCAGCUGCUUCACCUGACUCUUUCUCCUGAUCCACGUGAAGUGGCUCGAACUCAAAGCUUCCUGUAAACAUUUCACAUUAAGAGUCUUACAGCCUGCCUGCCAUCAGUAGCUUUUAAUUUGAACUAUUUACAGGAAGUGUUGGCAGAAAACCUGGAAUAAAACAUUAGAGCUCAGCACUUCCUGUAAACAUUUCACAUUAAGAGUCUGCAGCUGUGAUGUUGGUUCCUUUAAAUCGGAGUUCUUUGACUGGAAAACAAACUGAAGUUGGUGUUUUGAUGGAAAUGAAUAAAAUGUGACGGAGUGAAGAUGAAACGUGACGUCGGCUCAUCGCUUCAGUCGAACCGCGGCUGUCGGCCAGCGUUUCCUCCAGCCUGGUCUGGUUUUGGGGAAGGUGAAGCGAGCCUCCUGCUGGACGACGCGCUCCGCUUUUAUACAAAAUAAACCACAGAUAUUUUUCUCUAAA